AUGACCAUGACUAAAGAGAUACCAUACUACUCCAACAACGAAGAUGGAAAUAUUGUUCGUGUAUUCAUCAUAAGACACGGUCAAACUGACCACAACGUGAAGAAGAUUCUACAGGGUCACAAGGACACUUCAUUGAAUGGGACAGGAGUGAAACAAGCUGAGCAAUUAGGUUCGUAUUUGAAAGAACGAUCUAUUGUGUUUGAUAAAGUUGCGUCUAGUGAUUUGAAAAGGUGCAAGGAGACUACUGAUACUUUAUUGAAUUUUGCAAAGAUGACUCCCGUCCCUCCCGUGGAGUACUUCUAUGGGUUGAGAGAGAGAUUUAUGGGGGUUAUUGAAGGUAUGCAUAUUAAUGAUGCUGAGAAGUAUGCAGAUAAGCAUGGGAAGGGUUCGUUCAGAGAUUUUGGUGAGAACCACGAUGAGUUCUUGGGGCGAUUGACGGGAUGCAUUGAAUCUGUGGUGGAGGAAUCGUGUAAGGAGGACGUGAAGAACUUGGCGCUAGUAAGUCACGGUGGUGCCAUUAGAGCCAUCCUGGGGUGGUUGAAGUACGAGGGUCAGAAUGCACAGAAGAUCAUCGUGUUCAACACGUCGGUGACCAUUGUGGACUAUGUCAAGGACAAGAGACAGUUCGUGGUGAGAAGCAUUGGGAACACCCAGCACCUGGGAGAUGGGGAGUUUGUGGUCAGUGACCUGAGACUUCGUUAG